UUUAUUUGCCUGCGUUGUAGGAAUAACUCGCUAGUACAGUCGACACGCUCUGUCAGAGUGUGUCAAUGAAAAAACAUUUCAUUUCCCGCAUUGAAUAAUCUCUCGCAAAAUGAUUUCAAUAUCUCUAAUACUACUAACAUUCAUAAUCGGUAUUAUUGUUCUUCUGUCAAUCAGUCGUCAAUCAAACAUAUGGAAACGUAACGGAAAAAUACCCCACUUAAAACCAGUGCCAAUUUUGGGCAAUACAUUUGCAGCAUUUUUCUUAAAACAAAAAUCCCUCGCCGAAUGGAUAUGUGAAGUAUACAAUAGAUUCUCAUCGGCAAAAUAUUUCGGACUUGUUGACUUUGGUCUACCAGUGAUUGUUCUUCGUGAUGCGGAAUUAAUAAAAGAUGUGUGCGUCAAAUUAUUCGAUCAUUUUCCCGAUCAUAAUAAUAUAAUUGAUGAGAAAGUUGAUCCAGUAUGGGGUAAAAAUGUAUUUGCAUUGAGGGGUGAUCGUUGGAGGGAAAUAAGAAAUACACUGAGUCCAUCAUUUACUGGCAGUAAGAUGAAAUUUAUGUACGAAUUAGUGGACAAGUGUUCGGAAAAUUUUGUCAAUUAUUAUUUAAAGAAUUCGGAGGAGGCAAAAUUAGUCGAAAUGAAAGAUUCAUUUACGAGAUACACGAACGACGUUAUAGCAACGGCUGCUUUUGGAAUUGGUGUUGAUUCAAUGAAGGAUAAAGAUAAUGAAUUUUACCUACGUGGUAAGGAUGCUAUGAAUUUUAUGACUUUCUUUCGUAUGAUAAAAUUCUUUUUCUUUCGAUUCUGCCCGAGUGUGAUGUUUCUUAUUGGUGAACCGUUCUUGUCUCGUGGUACAAAUCGCUUUUUCAAAUCACUUGUUCGCGAUACAGUGGAAACAAGAAAGGCGAAAAAUAUCAUCAGACCUGAUAUGAUACAUUUAUUAAUAGAAGCUAGUAAAAAUGAGAAUGGUGUUGAAGUGACGAUUGACGAUAUGAUUGCCCAAAGUUUUAUAUUUUUCUUGGCCGGUUUUUCCACUUCGGCAACAUUAAUGACAUUUGUUGCCCAUGAAUUGGCUGUGAAUCAGCAUAUUCAAGAGAAAUUGCGUAAAGAAAUUGAUAGUUUUACAAAAGGGGAUUCGAAAAUUUCUUACGAUAGUUUAUCAAAAAUGAAGUACUUGGAUAUGGUUAUUUCUGAAGCUUUGCGAAAAUAUCCACCAGCAGGAGUUGUGGAUCGUUUGUGUGUGGAAAAAUACACAUUCUCUAGAGCAACACCAGACAGCGAGGACUAUACAAUUCAACCAAAUUCUCUUAUAUGGUUACCAAUAUACGCCUUGCAAAAUGAUCCAAAAUAUUUUCCAGAUCCUGAUAAAUUUGAUCCUGAGAGAUUCAAUGAUGAGAACAAGGACAAAAUUAAUCCGUACGCGUAUAUUCCAUUUGGACUUGGACCACGGAAGUGCAUCGGGAACAGGUUUGCUCUGAUGGAAACGAAAAUUCUCUUUGUUCGUAUUUUACAACAUUUCACUUUAGAAACUACUGACAAAACUAAAUAUCCCGUUGUGUUCGAGAAGGGAUUUAAUGUUGCCUAUGAUGGAGAUUUUUUCGUCAAAAUGAUUAAAAGAACAAACUAAUUUUAAAGAACAGAAAGGGAGAUUUAUUAUUAAAUACAUAAAUGUAAAUGUGUAAAGAUAUUUUUGUCUAAUGGAUAUUAUGUCUAGUGAUUUAUAUGAUAAAUGAAAUUUAUAUCAAGUGAUUUCUAUGUCAAACAUAGGAAUUAUGUUAGAGGAUUUUUAUGUAACAUGUAAUAUAUAUUAAAUUAAUUUUAAGUCAAUUGAUAUUUAUAUCAAAUGAAUUUUAUGUUCAAUGUAAAUGUAAGAGAGAAACGAUCAAUCUAAUUUAGGGUUGCCACAAGUCAGGGAAUUCAGGGAAAAGUCAGGGAUUUUUAUUAAAAGUACUGGAAAAAAUUAAGUUUUUAGAAUUUAUAAGAACAUUCUGAAAUUUUGUGUUUUUUGUUUAAUAAAAU